AAAAUAAAUAAAACAAAAAGAAGAUGAGGGAAUAAGCGCAAAGUAAAGAGAAAUUAAAGCCUCUUCCUGCUUUCUUCCCUCCACCCUCCUCCUCCUUUAAGCUCCUUUUUCCCUUUCUUUCUCCUCUCUGGUAUUCCCUUGGUGUGGAUUCUCCACCAUCUCCCUAAAGAGCCAUCAAACUUUAUAAAAAGAAAAAACAUAAAAGCAUUUGAACGCCAUGGUUUUCUCCUCUAUUCCAGUCUUUGUAGAUCCUCCCAAUUGGCAGCAGCAACCAAAUAACCAUCCUCAAGCAAAUAAUAAUGGUGGUGACAACACUCAGCUUCUUCCACCUUUGCCACCACAUCAAUCUCAUGUGGGAGGUUCUGUGGGUUCAAUCAGGCCAGGUUCCAUGGCAGAUCGAGCUAGGCUAGCUAAGUUACCACCACCAGAAGCAGCUCUCAAGUGUCCACGUUGUGAUUCCACCAACACUAAAUUUUGCUACUUCAACAACUAUAGCCUCUCUCAGCCACGCCACUUCUGCAAGACUUGUAGGCGCUAUUGGACAAGAGGGGGUGCCCUAAGAAACGUUCCUGUGGGUGGAGGGUGCCGUAGGAACAAGAAGAACAAGAGGAGUAGUCGCUCUAAGUCUCCAGCAUCAUCGGAGAAACAACAAACACUUUCUGGUUCCACAAGUGCAAUAGUCCCCUCUGGUGGAACCACUCAUGAACAGAUUGGUCAUCAGUUGCCACAGCCACAGAACCUUCCCUUCUUGGCUUCUCUUCAGAACCUUAAUCGUUAUGCUGUUGGAAACAUGGGUCUUGGGUUGCGUGAGAUUCACGGACAGAACGAGAACAUGGGGUUUCAGAUUGGUAAUUCUUCUGCUGGUGGAGGAAUGGAUCAGUGGCGCUUGCAUCAGCAGGUUCCUUUCUUUAAUGGUUUUGAAUCAACUUCAGCUGGUUCAUACCCUUUUCAAAAUGAAGGUAUUAACGAAACACCUUCUGGUUUUGGUGGUGACAUAACAACGAAUUCCAGGGUUUCUCAGAUGCCAUCGGUUAAAAUGGAGGAAAGUGGGGCUUUGAAUUUGUCAAGAUCAACACUCAAUAAUGUCUCAGAAAAUAACCAGUACUAUUCAUGGACUGAUAUGUCAGGUCUUGCUUCUUUUUCUGCUACUCAUCUCUUGUAACUUUGAACAUAUAACGUGUAUGUGGUCAAUAACCACAUCACCGGAAUUGUUAUGUCCUUGAUGGAUCAGAGAAAUUCUCAAACGAUUUGGAUGUGUUAUACUGAACACCCUCGACUUGACUUCAUUCCAAGUUCUCACUAUCAUCAGUUGACAGAAAUUAACGCAGACAUGGUAGAAUUGAUGUCUUCUCUUCUUGUAAUUGCAAUUCCGGUCAUUGAUUUGUGUUUAUGUUUUUUUUUUUUGUUUUUUUUUCAUCCAGUCGAGUAUUUUAUGUACUAUAUACAUGGGCUUGCUUUAAUUGUAUAACUGUGUGUGCAUGUAAUGUUUUGUGUUUCUGCUAUCUGACACCUUGUGAUCUCAUGUCGAUCGGUA